CAAACACAUGGUCUACAUCUCUCCACCCACUCGUUGUCUCUGGCUCUCCCCUUUAAAGUAGAACACUCCCCUCCACCACCACGUACUACCCAAACCCUCCUCCAAAAUCCACCUUCUAUGGCGGCCGGGAUUUCCUUCUCCACCACUCCACGACCCAUCCUCGCCCCCAGGCCCGCUCUACAGAUUCUUCCCCCAUCUCUCCACAGGAUUUUGAGGAGGCCUAAUCUCACGCUUUGUUUCGUACUCGAGGAUGAGAAAUUGAGGGGAAUUCGAGAAGCGGAAGAUGAGAGCGGGGGAGUUGAGAGGGCGAUUUUGCUGGCGGAGAGCGUGGCAGAGAAGGUGGCGGAGAAGGUGGCCAGGAAGAAAUCGGAGCGGUUCACGUAUUUGAUGGCGGCUGUAAUGUCGAGCUUCGGGAUUACUUCCAUGGCUAUCGUAGCUGUUUAUUACAGAUUCGCUUGGCACAUGGAGGGUGGGGAGAUACCUUAUACAGAAAUGUUUGGUACAUUUGCUCUCUCCGUUGGCGCUGCUGUGGGAAUGGAGUUCUGGGCUAGAUGGGCACACAAAGCACUUUGGCACGCUUCGUUAUGGCAUAUGCACGAGUCGCAUCAUAAACCAAGAGAGGGACCGUUCGAGCUUAACGACGUUUUUGCGAUAGUUAAUGCGGUUCCGGCCAUUGCACUUCUCUCAUAUGGUUUCUUCCAUACAGGCCUCAUUCCCGGCCUCUGCUUCGGCGCAGGCUUAGGAAUCACGGUAUUCGGCAUCGCCUAUAUGUUCGUCCACGACGGCCUCGUGCACCGUAGAUUCCCGGUGGGGCCCAUCGCCGAGGUCCCCUAUUUUAGAAAAGUGGCUUCGGCUCACCAGCUUCAUCACACAGACAAGUUCAACGGCGUUCCAUAUGGGCUCUUCCUCGGACCUAAGGAACUUGAAGAAGUAGGAGGGCUACCAGAGUUGGAGGAAGAAAUUAAUAGAAGAAUCAAACUGUCCAAGAAAACCAGAUGAAUCAUUCUUUUUCUUCUUUUUUGUUUUUCUUCUUUGUAGAGAAGAAGUCGGCAUAUUUUUGCUGCAAAUGAAAUGAACGAUUUUUUUUACUUCA